AUGGUGCUGCUGCUGGCGCGCCGGGCGCUCCUGGCCGGCCGCCGGCGGCUCCCCCGCGCCCCGUCCCCGCCCCACGCUCCGGCGGCGGCGCGGCUGUGCUCGGGCGCGGGGGGCGAGGCGGCGGCCGGCGGGGACGGGGCGCUGCUGCGGCACCUGUGUCGAAAGCUGCGGGCCAGCGGGCCCGUGACGGUGGCCGAGUACAUGCGGGAGGCGCUCACCAACCCCGCACAGGGUUACUACACCCGCCGCGGCGGCAUCGGCGAGAGCGGGGACUUCAUCACCUCGCCUGAAAUAAGUCAGGUGUUCGGAGAGUUAAUAGGAAUAUGGUAUAUUAGUGAAUGGAUGGCCAUGGGCAAACCUAACACCUUCCAGCUGGUGGAACUGGGCCCAGGGAGGGGCACCCUUACUGAGGAUAUAUUACGGGUCUUCAACCAGCUCUCCUCUGUACUUAGUAAAUGUGAUGUCUCUGUUCACCUGGUAGAAGUGAGUCCCAAACUCGGUGAGAUCCAAGCACGGAUGCUGACAGGAGGGAAGAUGCAACCAAGCCCCAAGGACGAGUCUGCUUACAUGAAAGGCAUUAGCAAGACUGGAAUUCCCAUUUUUUGGUACAGAGACAUUCAAGAUGUGCCAUCAGGUUACAGCUUUUACCUAGCACAUGAGUUCUUUGAUGCCUUGCCAAUACAUAAAUUUCAGAGAACUGAGAAAGGCUGGCGGGAAGUGUUGGUUGAUAUAGAUCCAGAAGUUCCUGACCAGCUGCGGUUUGUCCUGUCACCAUCCAGCACCCCUGCGACAGAAAACUUCAUCCAACCGGAAGAAAUGAGAGAUCACGUGGAAGUGUGUCCCGAGGCUGGUGUCAUCAUCCAGAGGCUUGCCUGUCGUAUAGAGAAGGAUGGUGGGGCUGCACUGGUUGCGGAUUAUGGCCAUGAUGGAACCAAAACUGACACCUUCCGGGGUUUCCGGAAUCACAAACUUCACGAUGUGCUGAGCGCUCCAGGCACAGCAGACCUGACAGCAGAUGUUGAUUUCAGCUAUCUUCGAAAGAUGACACAGGAAAGAACAACUACAUUAGGCCCCAUAAAACAGCGGGAGUUUUUAAAAAACAUGGGCAUUGACCUCCGGUUGCAGGUGCUCUUGCAGAAUUCACGUGACACAGCAACUCGUGAGCAGUUACUUCACAGCUACGAUAUGCUGAUGAAUCCUGAGAACAUGGGGGACUGCUUUAACUUCUUUGCCCUGCUGCCUCACCACAGACUUGUACAUCCUGACAAGAAAGAUAAGCCAGAAUCGAAGUCUCCCUUACCACCUGUUGCUGGAUUUAAUGAACUCUUACUGAAGUAAUUUCAAAUACUAUAGCAAAAUGUCUGAUAGCAGUAGUUUUCAAUAACAUCCUGUUAAAUUUGAAAAACAAAUCCCAGUAAAAGGAAUGCAUAUUAUGGUUUUACAUACUAAAUGUUUUGCAAUAUUGUAAUUAACAUAUAUGCAGUAAGGUAAGAGCUAAGUAUCUUUGAACUGAAAGCAGAUAAGUAUCACCUUCUUCAGGCAAUUUUCUCAAACUGAUCUAUGCAUCGGGCCCAGCCACAUUUUGGUAGGGAGUGCUAUUUCAGAGGAAAUCUAGUGCAGCACAGUAAACCUCCUGACUGACCUACCCAAAGCAGUAUAAGUGGUAAUAAAAUACUGCUCAUACAGAAAGCAGCACACACAGAGCAGAGAAUGAACAAUGUUUCAGGGGUCUUAGGAUAGAGCUGAGUGAAGUAUUGACUAGUGAAUCAAAACUUGUCAGUAACAAAGAGAUGUGCUAAGGAGUCUUUAAAUGUACUCAGCUUUUGUACUUGAAUAAAAUCAAGGUGCCUUGAAAAUAUUUUUAUAAAGAGAAUGGUGACAGGAUGCAUGCAAAAGAAGUUACUGCUAACAGAAUUCCCAGAGCAGGGCAUAUCUAAUGUCAAAUCCACAAACAAGCAAGUAUUUACUUCUAAGAACAUCUGAUAGGUGAGAUAAUUCAUGUAAAUAAAAAGAACAAGACUGAUAGGGAAAUAAAUUUUAUUUUCAAGCUUAUCAGAGGAUAUUUACAAACAAGGGGAUGUAUAAAAAUAUAAAAGUACUUGACAGUGUCCUUUCGAGGCUAUAAAUUUUACAUGAGCUUUUUUCCUAGCAUCACCAUAGCACUAUUGCUUGAAUGAAUGCAACUUAAUUCAUCUAGGGAUAAGGGUAUUAAACACUGUAACCUACUGCUGUCAAAGUUUGCAGUUAAGGUAGAAAAAAAGGGAAUAAAAAACUCAGCUAUUUUUACUACUCUGAA